AUGAGCGCUGACGCCGAGCAGGUCCCGGCGGGGGCCCAGGCUGCCGGUGCACCCCUCUGGACCGUAUCCAGCUGGGCCGCCUCCGAGCUGCCCCCCAACAGCAGCGCGGCGGGGGAGGCCGGCCGGCAGCAGGGGCAGGCGGAGUGGGGCGGCAAGGCGGGCGAGAUCGCGGGCAUGGUGGUCAUCCAGUGCAUCUACGCCCUGGUGUGCCUGCUGGGGCUGCUGGGCAACUCCCUGGUCAUCUUCGUCAUCCUGCGCUACGCCAAGAUGAAGACGGCCACCAACAUCUACCUGCUCAACCUGGCCAUCGCCGACGAGCUCUUCAUGCUCAGCAUCCCCUUCGUGGCCACGUCGGCCGCUCUGCACCACUGGCCCUUCGGCCGGGCCCUGUGCCGCACCGUGCUGGGAGUCGACGGCCUCAACAUGUUCACCAGCGUCUUCUGCCUGACCGUGCUCAGCCUGGACCGCUACAUCGCCGUGGUGCACCCGCUGCGGGCGGCCACCUACCGCCGGCCCCGGGUGGCCAAGAUGGUCAACGGGGGCGUGUGGCUCCUCUCCUUGCUGGUGGCUUCGCCCAUCCCCAUCUUCGCCGGCACGGCGGCCACCCGCGACGGCCAAGCCGUGGCCUGCAACCUCCUGUGGCCCAGCCCGGCCUGGUCGGCGGCUUUCGUGGUCUACACCACCCUGUUGGGCUUCUUGCUGCCGGUGCUGGCCAUGGGGCUGUGCUACCUGCUGAUCGUGGGCAAGAUGCGGGCGGUGGCGCAGCGGGUGGGCUGGCAGCAGCGCCGGCGCUCCGAGGGCAAGCUGACGCGCCUGGUGCUGAUGGUGGUGGCCAUGUUCGUGGUGUGCUGGAUGCCCUUCUACGUGGUGCAGCUGGUCAACCUCCUGCUGCCCGGCCGCCUGGACGCCACGGUCAACAACGCCUCCCUCAUCCUCAGCUACUCCAACAGCUGCGCCAACCCCAUCCUCUACGGCUUCCUCUCCGAGAACUUCCGCCACUCCUUCCACGGCGUGCUGCGCCGCUGCCUCGACGCCAGCCUCUGCUGCUGCCACGCCGGCCACGGCGCCGCCCGCGGCGACGAGGAGGAGGAGGAGGAGGAAGAGCCCCUCGACUACUGCGCCGCCCCGCGCGGGGACGACAAGGGCAAGGGCUGCAUGUGCCCGCCCCUGCCCUGCCAGCAGGAACCCGUGCACCCCGAGCCCUGCUGCAAGCCCGGACCCCUCCUCACAAAGACCACUACGUUCUAGGGUGGGCACAGGGCGCCGCGGCCGCGGAGGGGACGAGCCCGGAGCCUCACCCGUGCUCUGCAGUUCCACAAAAUAAAAAGCCAUAAGAGUGGCCCGUGACACAGUUCAUUACAUGGACCGACUAAUUAUUGCCGUUCCCUUCGGCGCCGAGGAGCCUCAGCGCAGCUCAGGGGCGGUGAGCAGCUUCCAGGUGCGGUGGAGAACAGUGAGUGGCCAUGGGGCACGUGCCCCUCUGGCAUCAGGAAACACACACUCGCCCCGUUCCUACCCAAAACGUGCUCUGAAGGACGGGGAAAAGUCCUAAAGGCCACGGGCCCCCUAUGCCUAUAGCAGUGAGGAGGCACCGCAGCGGACUUCCACAGCAGCCCCGCGGGGUGCUGAGAGCAAUUCGACCCCUUUGGGUUCCUCUCAUGUCAAAAAAAAACAAAGAGGGUUUGAGAGCAACCAAAAUCAGAGCUCGA